GUUGACUAGAUGACGUCACGUCACAAAUGAAUAGGAUGUUUGCAUUGAAUAGCAAUAAUUUUUGAUAAAUUCAGUCAAAAAGAAAAUUUUCCAAAACUCAAAUACCUAACUGCUGAAUAAAUAUGGGAAAUGUAGACACGAAAUUAAAUUUUAGAAAAGCUGUCGUGCAACUAACAUCCAAAUCUGAGCCCAUAGAUGCAAAUGAUGACAGUUUCUGGGAGCAAUUUUGGUCGGAAAACGUAACAAAUAUACAGGACGUUUUCACGCUAGUACCAGCGUCAGAAAUUCGCCAAUUACGUGAGGAUGCUCCCACAAAUUUGGCUACCUUAUGUUACAAAACGGUUGAAAAAUUAGUUAAGGCUGUGGAUAACAGCUGUAGGACCCAACAAGAACAACAGACAGUUUUGAAUUGUGCUAGACUAUUAACAAGAAUCCUACCAUACAUUUUUGAGGAUCCUGAAUGGAAAAGUUUCUUCUGGGCAUCUUUGCCUAGUCAAGGAGAAGAUGAAGACGAUUCUGUACCCUUAGCUCAUUCCUUAUUAAAUGCCAUUUGUGAUCUCCUCUUCUGCCCUGAUUUUACAGUAGCUGCAAGUAGAAAAAGUGGACCUGAUAAGGCAGAAGAGUUAUCAGCUAUAGAUAGUUGUGAAUACAUUUGGGAAUCAGGUGUUGGUUUUGCACAUUCACCAUCAAGAAAUCCUAUUUAUGAAUCUAACAGGACCGAGUUGCUUAAGCUUCUGCUUACAUGUUUCAGUGAAACCAUGUACCACCCACCUUCAGACAUUUCAGAAAACCCAAAUAGAUGGAUAUUGCAUCUAACAUCAGCAGAUAACAGGCAUGCCUUACCACUUUUCACCUCAAUAUUGAAUACAGUUUGUGCUUAUGAUCCUGUUGGUUUGGGCGUUCCUUAUAAUCAUUUGUUAUUCACUGACUUAUCAGAACCUCUAGUAGAAACAGCACUACAAAUAAUGAUAGUCACUUUGGACCAUGACACAACUAUGUCCCCAAGAGCAGAAUCAGAACAAAAUGCAUCAGAAACACCAGAUAAUCUGUUUAUCAACUAUUUGUCUCGAAUCCAUAGAGAUGAGGAUUUUCAUUUUAUACUAAGUGGUAUCGUUCGUCUUUUGAACAAUCCUCUAGUCCAAACGUAUUUACCAAAUUCAACUAAAAAAGUUCACUUCCACCAAGAAUUAUUGGUAUUUUUCUGGAAGGUGUGUGAUUAUAAUAAGAAAUUCCUAUACUACGUCCUGAAGAGUAGUGAGCUUUUAGAUAUAUUAGUUCCAAUAUUAUACCACUUGAAUGAUUCUAGGGCUGACCAGUCUAGAGUUGGAUUGAUGCACAUAGGCGUUUUUAUACUAUUGUUACUUUCUGGCGAGAGGAACUUUGGUGUGAGAUUGAAUAAACCAUAUACCGCGACGAUUCCAAUGGAUAUUCCUGUUUUUACGGGAACACAUGCGGAUCUGUUAAUUGUAGUUUUCCACAAAAUAAUAACGACUGGGCACCAACGCUUACAACCGCUAUUUGAUUGUUUGUUAACUAUUCUAGUCAAUGUUUCUCCUUACCUGAAAACCUUGUCAAUGGUUGCAAGUACAAAACUAUUACAUUUAUUAGAAGCAUUUAGUACGCCAUGGUUUUUGUUUUCCGCUGCUUCAAACCAUCAUUUGGUAUUCUUCCUACUGGAAAUAUUUAACAACAUAAUCCAGUAUCAAUUCGAUGGUAACUCCAACCUCGUAUACACAAUAAUACGUAAACGUCAAGUAUUCCAUAGUUUGGCUAACUUACCGACGGAUUAUGGUGCUAUAGCGAAAUCUAUGAACAGGCGGACCAAAGGCCGAGAUACAGUCACCUCAUCAUCUGAAAUAGACAGUGGUCGCGCGGAAAGCGAUCCUUCUCACGGUGAAAGCGGUGAGAAAGAAGAAGUGGCGAUGGAAGGAUCCCGACCGGCGUUGCCUGCUGAACCGGGCACUUUGAAUGCCACAUUGCCCGACACACCCCACAUCGGACAAAUGACCGAGCGCGAGUCUGCCCAUCCACCAGCCAACGAAUCAGAGGGGGUUGUGGGCGUGACUGGUGUAGAGGAUAUGAAGGAUCUAAAAGAAAAGAAAACCUCAAAGAAGGAUGCUUCAAAAGUAAAGAGUUCAAACGGAAACGAGUCGUCAUUUUCCAGAUCGGUGAAAACGGGUCCUUGGAUGGUCCACAAAAACACGGGAUUUCAGAAAAUCGCUACUAAUUGAGAUGAGGCGCUCUGGGAAGUGUUCCCUCAAAACAGCCAAUGUCCCCUGGGUCUAACUCUUCUAGCUGUGAAAAAAAAAAUCCUGUAACAUGUUUACAUACCAGUCCGAAUUCACUGUCACUGUGACUGUAGAGGAGUAGCUUGAGGGUGACAGCCCCAAUUGAGACGAAUGGGCAAUGGGUACCAACAGCAGAAUGGGUACAUUCGUGGAAGAGCAAGUUACCACUACAAACAAUCAUGCGGUUACUGCAAGUGCUUGUACCACAAGUUGAGAAAAUUUGUAUUGAUAAGGGACUCACGGACGAAAGUGAAAUACUGAAGUUUCUUCAGCACGGAACAUUAGUUGGCUUGUUGCCUGUACCCCAUCCCAUCUUGAUAAGGAAGUAUCAGGCUAACUCUGGUACUACAACGUGGUUUAGGACUUAUAUGUGGGGAGUAAUAUAUUUAAGGAAUGUUGAUCCUCCUGUUUGGUACGAUACUGACGUGAAGUUGUUCGAGAUCCAAAGGAUUUAGAUUAAUAAUUAUGCAAAUAUAAUUUAUUGUCGUAAUUUAAUUAAUUUAUUAAGCUUAUACCUAGACAUCACUGUCGACUGCGAGCGUGCGACUAUUAUUUCUAAUAAUUAUUUAUUUGCUUGAAACAGUGUUGCGUGAUUUUAAUGCAUUUUAUAUACGUACUAUUACUUGUUUUAUUGUGCAAUAGGAAAUUGUUAUGAAUUUUAUCUCUGUUUUAUGUUAAAAGUUUAUAAGCACGUUUUACAGAUUUUAUUUGAAUUUGCUUCAAUAUCUGUAUUACUAUUACUCUCUAUAAGGUACAGAAGACUGUUAAAAAUAUUAUUCAUUAUUUUUCCAAGUUACCAUAAGCUGUGUAAUGGAAAAUGACAUUCCAGCUACGAGUACUUACGAACCACAUUUCUGUUUUUACAAUGAGUUCAUUCGAUUGACCAUUAAAAAAUGACAAUAGGCUACUUGACUCGUAUCUAAUUUCGCACAAUGAGUAUUUCUUACAGUAUUUGGCUUAGGAAAGCGAAAUAUAUCGGUCACAAUUUUUAAAAGCGCGAGAUAUUUAUACCAAUUUAAAAAAAGAAUAUAUUUUUUGUUUAAUAUGAAACGCCCAUGAUGUGACGUCAUAUAAAUUUAAACAAAGAAAUGUCAUCCUUAUGUCACUCUUAAUCAACGUAAAAGUUAUAAUUUUUUCAUUUUAUUAAAAAAACAAUUUGAACGUUUGAAUUGUACGGUGAAAAAAUAUAGUAUUAAUUUUUUGGUCUAAUGGAACAAAUAUUAACCAUUUAAGACCUACAUAAAAAAUUUUCAACUAGCCUAUUGAAAAGUCAGUAAGCAAAAAUAUUCUUAUAUGCCCUAUGCUUAUGAUUAGAAGUUAUCAAAAAUAUUACUACUAAAACAUUAUCUAAUGAAAAAUGGUUCAUUAUGAUUUACACCCAUUUACUUUGUGUAAGCGCCACUGUGAAUAUUUAAAUAAAUAUCUGCUUAUGUACGGCA